GCUUAUUGUGUUUGGAGUCCACAACAAAAACUGCUUAUAACGGUUGCAUCUAUUCAUUGUUAUAUUUCAUCUUUUCUUCAGCUUCUGUUCUCCCAGUCAAUCAAAUUGUGAGUUGGGCACAUGAUGUUGGAGCCAAGGUCCUUGUAGAUGCUUGUCAAAGUGUACCACACAUGGUGGUUGACGUUAAGAACCUUGAUGCUGAUUUUCUGGUUGCUUCUUCUCAUAAGAUGUGUGGGCCUACAGGCAUCGGAUUCUUAUAUGGUAAAAGUGAGCUCUUGUCUGCGAUGCCUCCUUUCUUAGGUGGCGGUGAAAUGAUAGCUGACGUAUUUUUAGAUCAUUCUACUUUUGCCGAACCUCCAUCACGGUUAGUAGAAUAUGCUCCUUUUGGUGUAGAUUAAAAUCAGAUUUUAGUA